CCUCUCUGCAAGCGCAUGUCGCCGAAGCACCACCCCCCCCCAUCGAGGCCUCGACAAUGGCGUCUCCUCCUCCAUCUCUCUCCACGAACACCAUGGCUAGGGUUAGGGUUUCUCAUUCGUUGCUUCUCCUCCUCCUCCUCAUCCUCUCCUCUCUCUCACCUUCCUCCUCCUACAACACCACCUUCUCCGAUCACUGCGGCGGAGCCUCGCCGGAACCCUCCUCGGCCGCCGACGCCGCCGCGUCCGCCGCCUCCUUUCGCAUCUCCAACGGCUACUUCGCCGGCGCCGGCGCCGCCGCACUCUUCGGCCGCGACUCCGCCGCCGCCUCCCCCUUCGUCAGAUCCUUCUCCUUCUAUCCCCGAUCCGUCCGCCAAACUCUAACCCCCGGCGUCCUCCGCAUCGCCGGAACCCUAACCCUACGCGGCGGCGGUGGCUUCCCCGCCGGCGGCGGGAAGCUCGCCGAGGGCCGCCCCCGCCUCCACCGGGUGCGGCCUCGCCUCCCCCGCCCCUUCUCUUUGCGAGCCUCGGCCACCUUCGAUCUCGACGGCGCGUGGUCCGAGCACACCGGGGAGCUCUGCAUGGUCGGGAGCGGCCUCGGCCGCUCCAUGGAAGGUAACUCCCUCUCCCUCGCCGCCGUUUUCAAGCUCAAUUACUCGAAAGCCUCCAAUCUUUCCACUAGCUUCAUAACCGGGAGUUUGGUGAGUAUAGAUGCUCCCGAUAGCUCGAAUCACUUCGAUCCCUUGUCCGUUGUAGCCUAUACCGAGGAGAAUUAUGAGUAUACACAUAUUGCUGCGGCCGAGAACUCUUGUUCUCGCUAUGAUGUUCGCGAAGAAUCGCUGGGGUUUAACUCUAGCUUUUCUUGUCAAAGCCUUACAAAUCUAAUGCAAACCCGAUUUAGGUUAGAUUCAAACGGGAGUCUUGAUUUCAGUGGCGAUUACAUGUCCGUGAACCGCUUCCGCUGCACGGAUGAUGGGAAGGUACGCAUGUAUCUGGUGUUCACAAAUUGGAGUACGAUUCCACGUUAUCGCUUUCUGGUCGGGGAUAAGGCUUUGGUUGGUGAGGGGGUUUGGGAUCAGAAGAGGAAUCGGCUCUGUGCUGUUGCUUGUAAUGUACUGAUUCCGAAUGAUUCUACUUUGAAUUUUUCUGUUGGUGAUUGCUCGUUGAGGAUGAGUUUCUGGUUCCCAGCUGUGUGGUCGAUCAAGCGUAGGAGUAAUGUUCUUGGCCAAAUUUGGAGUGACCGUCGUGAAAGCAAUUUAGAUAACAUCAGUACAGUUUCAUUUAUGAGCAUCGGGAACUAUGCGAAUAAUUUGCCGGGCGUGAAAUAUAAUUACACCAUGAUGGAUGCCAUGAGCGGCUCGUGCAUGAAGGAUGUCUUGAAGAAGGGAAAAAAAGGGAUAUACCCAGCUGGGAAGUCUUCCAAUGAUUUCGUAUUUAAUUUUUUUGCUGAAAAUUCUGAAGGAAAAAAUGCUCGUGGUUAUGCAAACCUAGUUACAAUUGGAGAGGUGUAUUUAGGUGGAUCGUCCAUGUGGAACAUAGCGGGCCCGUUGCCUAAUCAGGCAUUGGAAGCAUUGAAUCACGGCUUAGUGAAUGUGAGCUACCAGAUAUUUUACACCUUUUCAAAUAAGUCCUCAAGUAUGAAUGAACCAACAGAAAUCUCAGCCGAAGGAGUGUACAAUACAGAAACUGGUUCACUUUGCUUAGUAGGAUGUCGAUAUAUAGGCUCCUUGGAUUAUGCGAAGGUAAGAGGAAUGAACGAUUCUAUUGACUGUGAAAUUGUCUUGAAUUUUCAGUUUGCUCCUCUGAAUGCAAAGUCAAGAGAGCAUCUGAAAGGCAUAAUCAGGAGCAAAAGAGAGAGAUCGGACCUGCUUUUCUUUGAGCCUUUGGAGAUAACUUCAUAUGGUAUUUACGUGAAUCAAGCAGUUGAAUCAAUCCAGAGAAUGGAUUUAGAAAUCGCCAUGGUUCUGAUCUCCUCAACUUUCUCCUGUAUCUUCGUUGGCAUGCAGCUAUUCCAUGUAAAGAAGAAUCCAGAUGUUCUUCCCUCGAUAUCUAUCACAAUGCUUGUUAUUCUUACUUUGAGUUACAUGAUCCCUCUAGUCCUGAACUUUGAGGCUUUGUUCUUCACGAGGCGUAACAAGCAAAAUAUCCUGUCGUGGAGUGGUGGGUGGCUCGAGGCAAAUGAGAUUAUUGUGCGGGUCAUUACUAUGGUGGCUUUCCUAUUGCAAGUUCGGCUUCUUCAGGUUGCAUGGACUGCCAGAUCAGCAGAUGAGAACAAAAGAGGCUUUUGGGUUGCCGAGAGGAAGGGUCUCUGGUUUUGCUUACCCUUGUAUCUCAUUGGGGGUUUAACAGCUUGGUUUAUUCACAUUCAGUCGUCUAACCGAAUCCAAUCGAAAGUUUCUGUGCUGGUCUAUGUACGCCAGCGUACUCUCUGGGAGGAUCUGAUAUCUUAUGCCGGCUUGAUACUGGACGGGUUCUUACUACCUCAGUUCACCUUCAACUUGUUCUCCAAUUCGAAAGAUAAGUCCCUUGCCUCAUCCUUUUAUGUUGGAAAUACGCUUGUCCGGGCACUGCCUCAUGUUUAUGAUGCUUAUAGAGCUCGCCGUAAUGUACCUCUCUUCAUGUCCUCUUAUCUGUAUGCUAGUCCGGGUGAGGACCUCUACACUCUUGCAUGGGAUAUAGUUAUUCCUUGUGUUGGAAUACUUCUUGCUGCGCUCAUAUACUUGCAGCAGCGUUUUGGUGGCGCUUGCUUUCUUCCUUCGAAACACAAACAGUCAAUCGGAUAUGAGAUGGUCCCCGUAGUUAGUUCAUAACACUUGAACACAAAUAUAUUAUUUGAGUAUUGUGUGAUUAGACAAAGAUUGUUUGCCUGUAAACCUAUAACAGAUCAUCAUAGAAAUGGAAAAUUUUUCUGCUGCUUCAAUAAUGUGCUGUGGGCAUCUGCCCUUUUGGCUCAACUGUGAAGCAGGAAGUCAGCGGAUAGGAGACAGCUACUCUCUUUAGAUCUUAGCAUCUGCACGAUUAAAUUGUUUGUGAGCAGUUGUCUGCAGAAAAUAAUUGGUUCAAUGGUGAAACUUAUUAGAUGCAGAUUCAAAUAAAAAUGUCUUCCCGUGUGUCAACUA